UCAUUUGAUUACUGCAGCUGUGAAGAUCAGAGAGCCACAGUAGGAUUGUAAGUGUGUGUUUCUGAGCAACCAAGUGAUCUGUCAGCUGCACAGAAUUUCUGGAAUCUGAGAACAAUGUCAGUAAGAAGGAGUGGAAGGGUUAAGAUGACAUGCAGGGGUGGGAACAUAUGAAGAGCUACAGCUCCCGUGAGCAUUUGAGUAAUACUUGAGCCUGAGAGAUGAGACAUGCUGCUCAGGAGGUGGGGACAAGGCUGCUGCAGAACAUAAAAUGUGCUCAGGACUGAACUCCUGAACCCUAAAUUGACUUUUCUCAGAAAGGAUCGUCUUUGACUUCACUUAUUCUCAGAGACACACCAGGCUGUGGUCAUGUCAAACUCCCAAGAGCAGAGUCUCGAUAAGGAUGCAGAGUUCCUGCCGGUGAAUGAGUCCUCCCCAGAGUUCCUGCAUUGUGAGAAGGAGCGUCAAGCAGUCGAGAGACUCCUAAAUGCAGGACCAGAGGCCUUUUACAGCUCCAUCGGCACAGAGCGCUCCGGCUGCUUCCUGUCUUCUGAAGAGGUCAGUCAGAUAACCAGCUGGGCUCAGGACUACCGCUUUAAUCCGCUACAGGCGCAAAGACAGGAGAAUGGAGAGAAAGGCAGCUCAGAGAUGGAGGACAUCUGUUCCACCUACUUCCCUUCCUACUCAGACACACCAGCCCCAAACCUGGAGCUGGGCUGGCCUGAAAAAAGCCCCUGGAUGCGAAAGGGAAGCGUUACAGUCCACACCAGUCCUCCUGCUGAGGGAGAACCUCCUGUCAGACAGAUCAUCAGACAGCAUUUGCAAAAGGCUGGCCAAGUAAUUGCUAUUGUGACAGACAGACUGACAGAUGGUGCAAUAAUUGGUGAUUUACACAAUGCUGCAUCCCGGGGUGUCCCCGUCUACAUCAUCCUGAACCAAAGAUCCAUUCAAGAGAACUUCACACUCAACAGGCUCAGGCAUCCGAACAUGCAGGUCCGUGUUCUUGGAGGGAAAACUUUCUGUUCGAGGACGGGAAGAAUGGUGGUUGGGGAAAUGAAAGACAAGUUCCUCCUGGUGGAUUUAGAGACAGUGAUUCACGGCAGCUACAGCCUCACAUGGACAGACGCCCACCUGCACCGGCAGCUGAUCACCGUUCUAAGCGGCCCAGUUGUUGACUCAUUCGAUAGGGAGUUCAGGAUCCUUUUUGCUGCUUCACUCCCCAUGCCAGACACAUGGAAGGUUGCAGGUACUCAUGUAGGCCUAGAUGUGACUCAUCAACUGAAAGACCACUCCGAUCUCUGGGUUCAAAGACAUCACUAUUCAGAGCCUGAGAUUACCAACCCUCCAUCCCCACCUGCUGAGUCCCUCCUGGACUGGGAAGCCAUGGGGGUUAUCCAGAGAAACAGCUGCUUCCCUGACAGUCCUCUUGACCAACACGAGGAAAUCAUGGCCAAGGAAAUGCCACUGCAGAGCAAAAUGAUGUUUGAUAAAAAUACACCCAUUAUGGAUGGUUUUACUAACAAUGGAAACCAAUUUGUGGAUAAGAAAAGGGUAUAUGAAAACACUUUUCCAGUGAGAAACAAUGUGCCAGAUAAAUCAACAACUUUCAACAACACACAACUCUCACCAACAGACCUGAAAGCUCUAGAAACAAUGAAGAGAGUGGAACAUAUUAUAAAUAAAGCCAACUUCAAGCAACUCUCCAUAGAGAAGGGCACACAUUUAAAUGACAGAACAACAACAAGACUUGAUGAUAAAGUAACAGAACCAACACACAAUAUGGUCACAAUUUCCUCUUCUAAGAGAAGAGAGCACUCAAAGAGGGAGGCCAUUUUGGAAGCAGACAGCAGCAUGAAUGAAACUAUCUUCAACGUGGAGAAAACACGAUCUUCGAGAAAACCUAUCAUCCUGAGGGUGCCGCAGUCUGGGAGCUUCAGCUCUCUGAGUGACAUUAUGAAGAGGAUUCAGCCUCAGCAGAGCACUUCAGGACUGCUCAGGAGAGGAUCAAAGGCCGCUGUGUCAGAACUGAGCCAGUCCAUGCUGGAGCUGAGUGUACCCAACACAGAUGAUGACAGAGGAGCCCCGGUGCCAAGGUUUAAGGCCGCUUGUUUCGACCCGGAUCAUAUGACGCCUGCUCUUGCCCUGAUGAAGAAGAGGAACGAUGAGUUGAAGCCUUUAUUGUACAGAACUCCAAAAAACUUUCUACCCAGAGAGAGGCCUCGCAGCUCCAGUUAUGCACUCAGUAUGGACUGGAGGAGGUCACUGGCAGAGACCGAACAGGAAUAAGGAACAAGGAAGAAAAUACAUGAGCAUCAUGUUCUGUAAUAUCAUCUUCUGAGGAGCGGAUAGUUACAAACUCUGCAGUGUUAAUUACCCAAACUAAGCCCAAAACAGGCUGUGACUCUGAGAAUAAAACCACUGUAAUAUACUGUAUAUAGGAUGUAUAUCAGUGCUACCUGUUGUUUUGAUGUCCCACUGAAUUUGAUAAGAUGUUUCACUGUACGUACAGCAAAGCUUUACUUUAGAAUGUUAAAGUACAUAAAAGUACAUUAAACUGUUUUGUUAAUGCUAGUAUCAGCUGUUCUAACCACUGAACCUCACAGAAAAAUAAAUUAUAGAAAGACCUUUUGAUUAAAAAAUUGGAAUAACUAUGAUUGUAUUAAGCUUUCAGCAAGUGGCAAUACAUGUACAGUACAUUUGUGUUUGAUACAAGAGUGUAAAGGUAAAUGGUGCUGAUGAAUUGACAAAAGAUGUCACAAGGAUUAUUUUGUUCAGUAUAUGGUUAGGACAUACUGGACUUAAUACAACAGUAUACAGUAUAUUAUGAAAAAGAAGGUGUGAAAUAAAUGUAAUAAAUUGUUUUAAAGUAAAACUUUGAGCAUGUGCUGACAGGACGUUAAAUGUCCAAUGUAGAAAGAGGCAAUAGGCCUAUAGCUAACAGUGAAGACACAGAGGUCAUGUCCUCAGUAUUUUUUCUGGGAUUUGGGGGACUUGAAGCGCAGUUUACUCUUUUUAAUUUACAAGUGACUGAUGGAGUGAUUGAUGGCUGUUAAAAUUUGCGAGGGGGCAUUUUUUUCCUCCAUAAAAUGAAUUGAUUUA